AUGAGAAAAGCAUCAACAGCAGGGCUCAUCGCUCUGCUAUCAUCGCAAUGCGCCUCCCUGCCCCCUUCAAGAUCCCCUUCUAACGCAACCAGCAAACCAAAGCCGAGGUCGGAAGACAGGACAUACCCACCCUGCACCCACGAAGACUUCCCCAACUUCCUCGUCCGCGACUGGCACGGCGUGACGCACCCGGACAACGGCACCGAGACCUUCCACUUCACGCUCGAGGCCUCCUUCAGCGGGUACACCUCCUUCUGCAGCGGCGAGCGCGCCGACCCGUAUGCCAGCAGCGGGCGCACCGCGUGCGAAGUAAGCGACGAGGAUGCGUUUAUCGGCGCGACGUUUGACUUCUCGAGCAACGACUACAUCAGCAUCGAGCACACCUACCUGUGCGACCGCGGUCUGGAUCUGGCAACAUCGGAAUCGGAAAGCAGCAGCAGCAGUAGCAACAGUAACGCCGACCCUCGGAACCAACUAGCCCGAGCCAUCGGCACCGGCAACGGGCGCCUCGCGCUCAGCCUCGUCGACACGCCGGAGGGGCCGUACACGGGGACGGAAGGGGACAACCUGGCGAUCGCCGCGUACACGACCACCGCGCACCCGCUCCCGCUCCCCGCCUGCGCCUCCGCCUCCGCCUCCGCGCACUUCGCGUGGGAGGUCCAGAACUUCGAGUUCCGCGGCGCGCGGCUGCCGGGCGGCUCGUCGGCGACGGUGACGUUCGACCUGUACAACCGCGCGAACGAGUUUGCGAUCAACUGCCAGGCGGCGAGCGUGUCGUCGGGUGGCGGGCGGCUGCUGCUGCUGCUGCUGCCGCUGCCGAAUGAUACGCGGCUGAUUGACCCGCAGACGAGGUGGGCGUGUCCGGCGGGGUUCCGCGAUGAUCUGAUUCCGCCCGAGGCGUAUCCGGCGACGGGGUUCUGGUUUGACGGGGGGAGGAAUGAGGUGGUUGUUGAGCAGACGUGGAGGUGUGAGGGGGGGGAUGGGGGGGAGAUUACGUAUUCGGCGACGGGGAGCACGGUUCUACCGUUAGAAUGCGUAGAAAUUCCCUCUUCAAGCGAUCCUGAUGCGAUUCCGAUUGCUAUGGGCUCUGUAAAUGAAAACUUAGUUUUGCGCAAUGGCGCAAAGGGGGGCCAAGAAGAUACCACAACCACAACCACAACCCCUAUAUUCGGCCAGCGACUCCUCCAACACUUCGACUUCGAGCCAACAUACCGCAACUUAAAUCAUGGCUCCUUCGGCGCCAGCCCCCGCCACAUCCGUCAAAAGCUCGCGCACUACCAAGCCCUCGCCGAAGCGACCCCGGACCACUUCAUCCGGUACCAGCUCCCGGACCUGCUCAACGAAUCCCGGGAAGCCCUGGCAUCUCUCCUGCACGCACCCCCGGACACCAUCGUCCUCGUCUCGAACGCGACGCUCGGCGUGAACACGAUCCUGCGCAACAUGGUCUGGAGCCCCGACGCCCGCGACGCCAUCCUCCACUUCACCACCAUCUACGGCGCGUGCGGCAAAACCAUCGACUACCUCGUCGACUCCAGCCUCGGCCUCGUGUCCGCGCACGCCAUCCCCCUGACGCUCCCCCUCGAGGACAGCGCCAUCGUCGCCGCCUUCCACGCCGCCGUGCAGGCGUGCGCCGCGGGCGGCAAGCGCGCGAGAGUCUGCGUCUUCGACACCGUGUCCAGCCUCCCGGGGAUCCGGAUGCCGUUCGCGGCGCUCGCGGCGGCGUGCCGGGAGGCGGGCGUGCUGAGCCUCGUCGACGGCGCGCAGGGCGUCGGCAUGCUGCCGGACCUCGACCUCGCCGCGCUGGACCCGGACUUCUUCGUCAGCAACUGCCACAAGUGGCUGCACGUCCCGCGCAGCUGCGCCGUCCUGUACGUCCCCGUGCGGAACCAGGCCAUGAUGGCGUCGACGCUGCCGACCUCGCACGGGUAUGUGGGCGCGGGCCGGGGGGAGCGGUUCAACCCGCUGCCGAAGGGGCACAGCUCGGCGUUUGUGAAUAACUUCCAGUUCGUGGGGACGCUCGACACGAGCGCGUAUCUGUGUGUCAAGGAUGCGAUAUUGUGGCGGGAACAGGUGCUGGGUGGGGAGGCGAAGGUGAUGGCGUAUGUGGAGACUUUGGCGAGGGAGGGCGGGAGGAGAGUGGCGGAGAUGCUGGGCACGGAGGUGUUGGAUAAUAAGAGUGGGAGCUUGGCGAGGUGCGCGAUGACGAAUGUUGCGCUGCCGCUCGAGGUGGAGGAGGUUAUGGGGGGGGAGGGGGCGUUGGAUUGGAUGGUGGGGAAGAUCAUGGAGGAGUAUAACACGUUUUUGCCGAUAUAUGCGCACGCCGGUCGCGUGUGGGUGAGGAUAAGCGCGCAGGCGUACUUGGAAAUGGAGGAUUUUGAGUGGGCGGGCAGGAUGCUGCGCGAUGUUUGCGAGGGGGUGAAAAGGGGGGAGCAUCGGAGUUCGUGAGCUGACUGACCUAUGGGUUUUUAUAUACUUUUUAUCUAUGAUAUCACUGAGUUGUAACUACUUGCGUCAUCAGGUGAGUAUGAAAGCUUUAAGGGGUCAUUAUGAAAAGAUGGGAUUGGAAUUUCAUAAGAUAAAUAAGUCUCUGUGGUUGUUUUCAAUGUUGUAUUUAGAUGAUAGCAAGAACAGAACGGCUGGCCACGUGUUUUGUAACUUCCACAGCCUCUAGAUACGCC